CAGCGUCCCGGCCUUCAGGAUGCAUUUCUGGGGCUGGCCCCGGGGAAUCCCGCGCGGAGCGACCUCGACCCGACGCGUCCCCGGGCGGGACACCACCGGGCCCCUCCGCAGGCCAGGCUCCAGGGAGGGAUUGGGGACCGCCGCGCUGCGGGGCGGACCGAGGCGGAAGCUCGGCCGGGAAGGGCCGGCCGGGGCUCACCGGGCGUGGGCGGGGCCGAUGGCGCUCGGGUUAAUGUCCGCCCCGCCCAGGCCGCACUGACUCAGUUUCACCAGAAACUGGGGAGAGGAGGCGUUCGGUAGCCAGCACACCCGGCACCGGGGCGGAAGCGGCGGCGGGAGCCGCGCAGGAAGCCGGGACCGGAACCUCGGCGGGCCCGGCCCCACCCUACUCACCUGCGCAGGUAACCGGGGCCCCGGAGCGCCAGGCGGAGGCGGGGCGGACUCGGAGCAUGGUGGCGCCUUUGUUCCGCGCUUGUACGUGUGUCCGGGUCACAGGUACUCUCGGAACCCAGACGCCCGCACGGUGAAGGUGACCCCCGUGGGGAGCGGGGCGACGGCCCCCAGGAGAACGAUGGUCAGCGCCCGCCGCUUCCUGGCUCUCAUCUCCCCAGUCGCCGUGUGGCUCCUGUGCGCGCUCGGCCUCCAAGGCACUGAGGCCGGGCCGCCCGAGGGAGCCAUCUGCAAGGACCGCUUUACCGCCAGGGUGCCUGACUUCGUACUGGACAUCAACGCCUCGGUCAGCAACGGGGCCACCUCCUGGGGCUCCCGCACGGUGCACCACAGCUGGGAUUGCGUGCUCGCCUGCUGCGAAACCCAAAACUGCAAUUUGGCGCUGGUGGAGCUGCCGCCCGGCGGCGGGGAGGAUGCAGUCGCCGCCUGCUUCCUUAUGGACUGCCUCUACGAGCAGAACUUCGUGUGCAAGUUCGCGCCCAGGGAGGGCUUCAUCAACUACCUCUCGCGGGAAGUGUACAGCUCCUUCCGCGACCUGCGCUCCCAGGGCUUUGGCGGGGCCUGGAUCCCCAAGGCCUGGCCCAGCACAGACCUGAAGGUACAGCCCCAGGAGCCUGUGGUGCUUAAAGAUGUGGACGGUAUAGAUUGGCACCUGCUGCAGGGAGGCACGGAUGUCAGGGUCGAGAGAAACAGCCUGGACCAGGUGGAGCUGUGGGGACUCAAGGAAGGCUCGUACCUGUUCCAGCUAACGCCGGCUGGCUCAGACCAGCCAGAGAACACGGCCAACGUCACAGUCACUGUGCUGUCCGCCAAGCAGACUGAAGACUACUGCCUCGCAUCCAACAAGGUGGGCCGCUGCCGGGGCGCCUUCCCCCGCUGGUACUACGACCCCACAGAACAGAUCUGCAAGAGGUUCAUUUACGGAGGUUGCCUGGGCAACAAGAACAACUACCUGCGAGAGAAAGAGUGCAUGCUAGCCUGCCGGGGCGUGCAAGGUGGGCCCUCGGGACUUUCCCGCAGGGAGGGCAGAGAGGGCAGGGGUCCCUGCUGGAGCCUGGCCGUGCUUCCUCUGACUUCUCUGUUCUCUCUCCCAGGACCCCUGAUGGAAAGGCACCAUCCAGUCUGCUCUGGCACCUGUCACCCCACCCAGUUCCGCUGCAGUGACGGCUGCUGCAUCGAUAGCUUCCUGGAGUGUGACGACACCCCCGACUGCCCAGAUGCCUCUGAUGAGGCCACCUGUGAAAAAUACACCAGCGGCUUUGACGAGCUCCAGAGAAUCCAUUUCACCAGCAACAAAGGGCACUGUGUAGACCAGCCAGACACCGGCCUGUGCCAUGAGAGCAUCCCCCGCUGGUACUACAACCCCUUCACCGAACGCUGCGACCGCUUCACCUAUGGUGGUUGCUAUGGCAACAAGAACAACUUUGAGGACGAGCAGCAGUGCCUGGAGUCCUGUCGAGGCAUCUCCAAGAAGGACGUGUUCGGUCUGCGGCGGGAAAGCGCCGUUCCCAGUGUAGGCUCCGUGGAGGUGGCCAUUGCCGUGCUCCUGGCCAUCUGCAUCGUGGUGGUGGUGGCCAUCCUGGGUUACUGCUUCUUCAAGAACCAGAGGAAGGGCUUCCACAGACACCGCCGCCACCCGCCGCCCACCCCCGCCAGCUCCACCGUCUCCACCACCGAGGACACGGAGCACCUGGUCUACAACCACACGACCCGGCCCCUGUGAGCCCGGGGGCUCGCCAGCUCUCACCUGGCCCUGCCUCCUGCUUGCCGAGGCGGAGCCUGGGCCGGGGACAACUUUGGGGCCAGGCUCAUCCUGCCUGUUUCCCAGGCCCGCUGUGCCUCAGCCACCAGGGCUCCUGCCCCUGUGGGAAGAGUCCCAGCUGAGCCUAAGCCAGUUAAAGCCUAGGGCGCCGGCGGAAGCGAAAACCCUGGAGCCGGGGUGCUGUACGAACGUACGUACGUAUGUACAUGUGUGACCAGCCUGCCUUCGUGCCUGCCUGCCUGCCUGGGAGUUCAGAGGAGGCAGGAGUUGUGUUUCCUGUGCAAAGCUGCCUGCCCCCACCCUGAGGUUUUGGGAAGGGGCCUAGGAUGGUAUCAAACGCUGAAUGCCCCAUCCUGUCCUCCAUAGCCGCUCCUUCCGCUCUGCCCAGUCCGGGGUCGGCAGGAUGGGCUUCCCCAGACAGUUCAUGCUGGCAAGAGUUGCUUUCAGUUUAUUUAAUGCUCUGGGGCUGGAUGCAGAGGAGAGGAAACUCAAAGUGGCUAUCCCCUCUUCCCCUCAACCAGCCUGGCCUGGCCCCCGGAGCCAGCAGCAGGGGCCCAGCGGUGGUGGUGGCCUGCAACCCCCGCCCCCCAGGGCACUCCACGUAACACUCCUACCCCCUCCGCAACCUCCUGCCAGCUUCAGGCCUCUCAUCAAGCAAUAAAGCUGUUUUGUGGGG